AUGGCCAUCCAAUCCACUCCCAAACCCCUCCGCGUCGCCGUCCUCGGCUGUGGGUUCAUGGGCACCGCACUGGUCCAGGGCAUCAUCGACGGACUGGACGAUACCUGCCAAUACGACCUCAAAUUCUCGGUCAGCGCCCGCUCCAGCGACUCGAUUAAUCGACUGCAGCGAAAAUUCGAGUCGCACAAAGAUCGUGUGGACAUUAUCACUUCGGACAACACCGAUGCGGCUCGCGGUGCAGACGUGGUCAUCUUGGCUUUUCAGCCGCAGCAACUCGCCACGAUUAUGGACAGUGGUGGCCCUUUAGUCCAAGCCCUCGAGGGAAAGCUGCUUGUCUCCAUAUUGGCUGGGGUCUCUUCCUCGCAAGUUGCUCAAGCGGUGAUCAUAUCGCCCAGCACACGGCACCGUGUCUCUCGCGCUAUACCCAGUAUUGGCGCGCAGAUCAGUGAAUCCAUGACUCUCAUAGCCGACACGCCACUCUCCGGCCCCGACCGGGACCUGGUCUCGUGGCUGUUUCGCCGCGUCGGCCCUAUCCAGAUGGUUCCCGAGAAUCUCAUCAACACGGCAACGGCGGUGAGCGCUGCAUGCCACGCUUUGACCGUGGUCGCCGUCGACGCCAUCGUGGAUGGGAGUGUCGCAGAAGGUAUCGCGAGGCCUGUGGCUCAGAAUAUCGCCGCUCAAUGCCUCCGCAGCGCGUCGACGCUCCUGCGUGACCAAAUGACCAUCGAGUCCCUGAAGGAAUCCAUGUCCGUCGCCAGGGGGAUCACCAUCAACGCGCUCCUGCAGUUGGAUCGGGGUCAGGUCAGAGCUGGGAUUUCGGAUGCUGUCAGGUACGCGGCGCAAUACUCCAAGGGGAUGUCUGAGGAGAAUUAA